AGCGAAACAUACUUCUUCACCCAGGAAGUCUUUCUAACCGGGUUUAGAUCGUUCCGACCCUAGCUAAAAUACGAGUUUUAAGAGAAAGUUUAAACUUUUAAAAUAUUUUUUAACGAGGCGAAGGAGACGCCUUUAGUUUUGUCAAAGAAGAGAGAGAAAACAGGAAAAGACGAGUAUCUUCUCCCAGAACGCCGCCAUGGAGUCAGAAAAGCGUAUAACAUUCUCGCUGAUGAUGGCCGUUGGAACAGCUGUGAUUGGCUCCCUCCAGUUCGGCUACAACAGCGGUGUCAUCAAUGCCCCUCAGAAGAUCAUUGAGAACUUUAUCAAUGUGACCUGGUUUGAACGCUACCAAGAGCCCAUUACCGAGAGCACCCUCACAGCUCUCUGGUCCAUCGCUGUCGCCAUCUUCUCCAUCGGUGGGAUCCUUGGUUCCUUCUCUGUUGGACUCUUUGUCAACCGCUUUGGAAGGAGGAACUCUAUGCUCAUGGCUAACGUUCUGGCAUUCCUGGCAGCUGCUAUGAUGGGCUUUUCAAAGUUGGCAAGCUCCUGGGAGAUGCUGAUAAUCGGCCGUUUUGUGGUGGGCCUUUACUCUGGCCUCUCAACAGGCUUUGUGCCCAUGUAUGUGGGCGAGGUUUCCCCCACGGCCCUUCGGGGAGCCCUGGGAACCCUCCACCAACUGGGUGUCGUCAUUGGAAUCCUUGUUGCACAGGUGUUCGGCUUGGAGUCCAUCAUGGGUAGUGCAGACUUGUGGCCACUCCUCUUGGGUUUCACUUUCAUCCCUGCUGUCAUACAGUCUGUCCUGCUGCCUCUUUGCCCCAAGAGCCCUCGCUUCUUGCUCAUUAACAAGAACGAAGAGAACAAGGCCAAAGCAGUACUGAAGAAGCUGCGCGGGACCACAGAUGUGAGCGGCGACAUGCAGGAGAUGAAGGAGGAGAGCCGGCAGAUGAUGCGGGAGAGGAAAGUAACCAUCCUGGAGCUCUUCCGCUCCCAUCUGUACCGCCAGCCGCUCAUCAUUGCCAUCGUCCUGCAGCUGUCCCAGCAGCUAUCAGGCAUCAACAUCGUGUUCUACUACUCCACUCUUAUCUUUGAGGAAGCUGGAGUCAAGCAGCCCAUCUACGCCACAAUUGGAGCUGGAGUGGUUAAUACGGUGUUCACUGUGGUGUCGCUGUUUGUUGUGGAACGUGCCGGGCGCAGGACUCUACACCUGGUGGGGCUGAUGGGAAUGGCCGUAUCCGCCGUCGUGGUGACCAUCGCUCUGGCCCUGCUGGAGCACCUCGACUGGAUGUCGUAUAUCAGCAUCGUGGCCAUUUUAACCUUUGUGGCUUUCUUUGAGAUUGGACCAGGACCCAUCCCCUGGUUCAUCGUGGCGGAGUUGUUCUCACAGGGACCCAGACCUUCGGCCAUCGCCGUGGCUGGUUUCUCGAACUGGACUUCAAACUUCAUAGUGGGAAUGUGCUUCCAGUAUCUCCAGAAAUUGUGUGGCCCCUACGUGUUUAUCAUCUUCAGCGUGCUGCUGCUGAUCUUCUUCGUCUUCACCUACUUCAAAGUGCCAGAGACCAAAGGCCGGACGUUUGACGACAUCGCAUCCGGCUUCCGGCAAAAAGCCGUCAUGGGGACUGAGAGACACUCACCGGAUGAGCUGAACAGCCUGGGAACCGACUCGCAGCUCUGA